AUGUCGCUUAUCCCGUUCGCAUUCAUCCGGUAUGGUGAGCAUAUUAGACGGAAUAGCAAAUUCUGCCAAUAUCUCCGCGAGCAGAAGGAGGCGGAUCGGAUAGCCGAGGAGGAGGAGGACAGGAUGCAUCAUCUGAGGGCUGAAACCGGAAGGGAUGUUGAAAAAGGCCGGGUCACCAGUGCUCCCAUACCAUGA